GUCUGCAGGCGAACCCCCCGGCCUCGGAGGCUCGGACUUCCAGAACCUUCCUGCCGCUUCCUGGCCACGAAUGGCCGUCCCGAUCCAGCGUCCCAGCGCGCGCCACGUGUCAGAGAUCGGCCACGUCGGCGUCCGAUGUGGCGCUCCCGCCCCCGAAGAAACUGAUACGGCCCCAACCCUCGCGUCUCAGCCUCACGCUCGGAAGAGUAAGUGGCCGCCGCAAGCCCGCAACCAACACCAACGCUUUGCUCGCUUGCUCCGCUGUCCGCUCCCGUCGGCCAGCGAUCGAAAUCAGCGGUGGAUUCGGAGGCCCAGGCUCCCGGAGGAGAUGAACGGCCGCGGCACCGGCGGAGGAGGGGGAGGGGAGGAUGAGAUGGAGGAGGACAGCGGCCCCAGCUGCGCGCAGGGGGAGGGCGCGGGGAAUAAGGAGCGGGUGGUGCUGAUGUGGGGGUACUUGCCCGGCGUGUCCCCGCAGCGCUCGCCGCUGCUCGGGCCGGUCCCCGUAAGGUUGCCCCCGACGGCGGCGACUGCCGCCGGUGAUGGGUGGAGAGACGUGUGCGGCGGCGGUUGCGGCUUCGCGAUGGCCAUCUCUGAGUCUGGAAAACUCCUCACUUGGGGUUCAGCUGAUGACAUGGGCCAAAGUUAUGUGACUGCUGGGAAGCACGAGGAGACUCCAGAAGCUUUUCCACUUCCUAGCAGUGUCGUGAUAGUGCGCGCUGAUGCUGGAUGGGCUCACUGUGUUGCAAUAACUGAUGAAUAUGAUGUUUAUACAUGGGGUUGGAAAGAAUGUGUUCCAACUGGAAGGGUUAUUGGAGACCAGUCUUCAGUUGGAACCAUGGAAAAGGAUGAAAGGCAAAUGGCAAUGGCCACUGACCAAGUGAGCCCUAGGUCACAGGUGUCUAGGACAAGCAGCGGAGCGGCAGCUGGUUCCUCUGAAAGCAGAGGCACUGAUGACAGCACAAAGCGACGAAAGUUGUCUUUAGCAAAACAUGGACCUGAGAGUUCGACAUCCAGUGAUGAAAGUCUUUCAGCACCCCCUUGUGUUGUGACAUUUAGUACAGGAGUGAAAAUAGUGGCUGUAGCCGCUGGUGGUCGUCAUACAUUAGCACUAUCAGAUUUAGGUCAGGUGUGGGGUUGGGGAUAUGGAGGAGAAGGGCAACUAGGUUUGGGUUCUAGAAUCCGAACUGUUUCUUCUCCCCAUCCUGUACCGUGCAUUGAAUCAGCACUAUACACCAAGGAUAGGCCAUCAGCUAUGAAAGGUAACAAGGCUGCUGAAGGACAUGUCAGUAAAGUCUUGGGAAAUUGCGUGAGGGCAAUUGCUUGUGGAGGUCGUCACAGUGCUGUAGUAACAGAUUCAGGAGCACUUCUUACAUUUGGAUGGGGGCUGUAUGGACAGUGUGGACAAGGGAAUACAGAUGAUGUUUUAAGUCCAACGUGUGUAUCGUCUAUCCUGGGAAUCAAGAUGCAAGAUGUUGCCGCAGGUUUGUGGCACACUGUAUGUACAUCUGUAGAUGGUGAUGUGUAUUCGUUUGGAGGAAACCAGUUUGGACAGCUUGGCACUGGUUCUGAUCAGGCUGAGACUCUUCCAAAAUUGGUAGAUGCUACAAGCCUGGAGAAUAAGAACGCCAGAUCCGUUUCUUGUGGAGCUCGCCAUAGUGCUAUUAUAACAGAUGAAGGUGAGGUAUUCUGCUGGGGAUGGAACAAGUAUGGCCAGCUUGGCCUUGGCGACUCAAUGGACAGGAACGUGCCUUGCAGUGUACGUGUGGACGCUUACCACCCGCUAAACGUAUCAUGUGGCUGGUGGCACACCUUGGUGCUCGCGGAGUCGCCUGCUUGAAACCUGACAAAGAAAUUACCUUAGAUUGACAAUUUUGUUAGGAACUUGUAGGCUCGUGCAGGUACGGUGAUGCUGCAUUUCAUCGUGUACAUACAUGGCAGUGCAUACAGAUAUGUGUAUUCAUUCUUUGCGGUGCGCUCUUCGACCUGUGCGACGUAGACGAAAGCUUGUAUCGCACUGCGUAUACAGUUGAAUAGGCUUGCCUCGACAAAUUGUGCUCGAAA